AAGUGUCAAAAUAUUUGAAAUUUUGUGAUCGCUGCGGUAUCGCGCCGGCCGUUUAUGACAAACAUUUCAAUAAAACAAAGACAAUGUCUGCUUUUCACGGAUUUCCCGAACUCCCGGGGGCAGAUGAAAUCCCCUUCUGCAAACUAAACGAGGUUUUCUGCUGUGGGAACGCACGAUAUGGAAAUAUAACGACGUUUACAAAUUCGACAAAAAGCCACCCAGUAAUCAACGUGACACGUGAUAUUCACCACCACAGAACGUCGGACGAGAACAUUUCAAUGUACAUUGACGUUGAGGACAAUUUACUCAAGAAAAUAACAAGUGUGUGGUACAAACAGGGGUUUUUGGAGGCCCUGGCCGUCGCCGCAGACCCCUCAGUGAACCAGGAGAGCCAGGUGCUCGCCGUCGCCGCGUCAUACGUGUUGAAAGUAGCAAAUGUGUUCACAGCUUUCAGAUACUUUUUACAGCCACAUUUGAAGGAUAUAGGACCUAAAAUCGUUGCUAAUUACUCUAGGACUAGGAGUUGGGGGAACGGGCCAAUAAAAUGUAUAGCUUGGCAUCCUCAUACUACAAAAAUGGCUGUGGCUACUGUAGAUGACAAUGUAAGGAUAUAUUGUUCAGAAGUGGCAUUUGUUUCUACCCUGAAGUGUAAGGCACAAGGUCAUGUGUCUUCAUUGAGUUGGAGGCCGUUCUCGGCUUCUGAAUUGGCAGUGGGAUGUGAACAGGGUGUUAUUGUGUGGACAGUGGACCCCAAUUCAAUGUUUACGAAGCCAUCUUCUAGCAAUGCUGUGGUUUUGAACAGGCCAGGCCACAGUCCCGUGACCGAUGUGAGCUGGUCUCCCAACGGUGACUUGCUGAUCAGCUGCUCAGGUGCUGACACUUCCAUGCUAGUGUGGGACGUGUCUAUGGAGACUGCGGUUCCUCUACGAAGAGUUGCAGGUGGUGGCAUAGUGUUUGCACGCUGGUCAUUUGACGCCAGCAAAGUUUUUGCUGCUACUUCUUCUAUUAUAUUUAGAGUAUGGGACACAAAACGCUGGACGCCGGAGCGUUGGUGCGCUCGCGGCAACCGCGUGGUGGCCGCGUGCUGGGGGCCCGGGGAUGUGCUACUGUUUGCCGCUAAGGGAGAACCUAUGGUGUAUGCCCUUACUAAUACUGGGCUUAUGAGUGGCUCACAAACCAGCAAAGCCCUCCCAGUCCUGGAUGUAACAAAGGUAGAGCUACCAUCAGGAGACUCAGUGGGAGGACCAAUACUGGACAUGUGCUGGGACCCGACUGGCAGAUACCUGGCAAUACUGUUUGAGGAGUCACAUUUAGUCACCGUGUUUUGUACUACCAAGCUCAUGUUGCAGCUUAAGAUUACGCCUUGUUGCUUCAUCUGCGGCAUAGAAGCAGAGGUCCCAUCGACCAUGGCAUUUCAAAAUAACUUCAGCGAAGGUGCCUGUCUCACCAUCGCCUGGUCCAGCGGUAGAGUGCAGCACUUCCCCAUCAUUUAUACUGAUACGUAUUAGUUUGUUUGUUUGUAGUUUGUGACGUGUGUGUAGGUGAAGUAAGCUUAAUAAAUAUUUUAUUUAUUUAAUACACUACGGAAGACUCUUUUCCCAACUAUGUUGGGGUCGGCUUCCAGACUAACCGGAACUAUGGAAGACUCACAGCUAUAUAAAGACUUAAAUAUAGAAAGAAGUCAUAGACGACAGAGAGCCAAUUAGAAGUCCUCUAGGGCUUCUAGGCUAGGGCCUCUAGGCUCUAGGGCUUCUAUUGCAGGCUCAUAUUACUUACAUAGUCUUUUAUGUUCCUAUUUGGGACUAAAACGCCUGCUAAAAUUUCUUUUUCUAAAUAGAUGAUCAACAAUCAAAAGCAUUAAUUUAGAGGUUAUCUGGGCGAAUUGAGAAAACUUUGACAUUAGUGACUUUCGGUGAUUAAACCUGCAACUCACUAGAUAAGAAGAAGAAGCAAUUUGUUUUUCGCUCAAUCAUCACAAAAAUGCAAGCAUUGAAUAGUUCCGUUUUUUUGUGAAUAAACAGACCUGCAAAUGUACCUAUUUAUUAAGCUUGCUUGUGUUUGAAAUCAGAGUAAAAUAAGGUAUAAGGAAAAAGUAAAUCUUGCUUACUAAAAAGAUUAUUUUGUACACUUGAGCAAAAUGUCUUUGUCUAGGUAAAUGUCUGACAAAAAAAUAUAUCCUUUUGGACUUACAAAGCCUAAAGGGACAAUGUAAUAAGUUUUAAGACAGAAAUUUAAUAUAAGACUGCCAAAAUGUUUUGUAAUAUAAAAUGUAAAGAUAUGUAUACUGCAAUAAAACAAUAUAAUUCAAA